GACUACAGCAUCAGUAAAGUCAUACCACAUGAUAGAGACAGGUUCUAUGCCCUAAUCCUCCUGGCAUCGUCUCAUGUCGUGCUCACUUUCCAAGUGCGCCCGUUCUCCAACUCCAUUGAGGCCGUCUUCGUCGCUCUCUCAAUGGUUGUGCUACAUAGCCUCGUUUCC